GGUUACGCAUGCGUGGUGGAGAAAGGUGGCUACGCAUGCGUAGAGCUACGUUUGCGUAGUGGGGAAAGGCGAGGUCCUCCGGAAGCGCCGUCAUGGGUCGUUCUUCGAAGGAUAAGAGGGACAUUUACUACCGUUUGGCCAAAGAAGAAGGUUGGCGCGCCCGAAGCGCCUUCAAACUGCUCCAGCUCGACCAGCGCUUCCAGCUUUUCCAGGGCGUCCAUCGCGCCGUGGAUCUCUGUGCGGCCCCCGGGAGUUGGAGCCAAGUCCUGAGCCGCAAGCUGAGGGGGUCCCCGGGGUCCCCGGUGCAGGUUGUGGCCGUCGAUCUCCAGGCCAUGGCCCCCAUCCCGGGGGUGCUGCAGAUCCAGGGGGACAUCACCAAGGUCUCCACGGCCCAAGAGAUCCAACGCCACUUCGAGGGGCGCCCGGCCGACCUGGUGGUUUGCGACGGAGCCCCUGACGUGACGGGGCUGCACGACCUCGAUGAAUACAUCCAAGCUCAGCUCUUGCUGGCGGCGCUGAACAUCACCACGCACGUCUUGAAGAAAGGCGGCACCUUCGUAGCUAAGAUCUUCCGAGGGAAAGAGGUGACGCUGCUUUACGCCCAACUUCGCCUUUUCUUCCACGACGUCACCUGCGCCAAACCCCGCAGCAGCCGCAACUCCAGCAUCGAGGCUUUUGUCGUCUGUCGUGGCUACAGCCCCCCCGAAGGCUACGAGCCCACCAUGGACAACCCCUUCCUCGACCCCGAUGCGGGCGUGUCCCCCCCUCAGCUGUGGGGUCCAUCGCGCGUCAUCGUCCCCUUCGUGGCCUGUGGGGACCUGAGCGCCUACGACCCCGACCGCACCUACCCCCUGCAGCUGGACCCCCAGAAGCCGUACAGUUAUGUGCCCCCCCCGGCACCCCCCAUCGCCCCCCCUUAUGCCCAGGCCUGUGCCCUGCGCCGGCGGGGCGUGCGAGGGCCCUCGUGCGAGGAGGCGAGUGUGCAAGGAGCCUCGUGCAAGGAGGAGGUGAGCGUGCAAGGAGCCUCGUGCGAGGAGGAGGAAGGAUCCUCAUGCGAGGAGGUGAGCGUGCAAGGACCCUCGUGUGAGGAGGAGCGAUCCUUGUGUGAGGAAGUGAGCGUGCAAGGACCCUCGUGCGAGGAGGAAGGAUCCUCGUGCGAGGAGGUGAGCGUGCAAGGAGCCUCGUGCGAGGAGGAAGGACCCUUGUGCGAGGCUCUGAGCGUUCAAGCCACCCUCGUUUGA